AUGACCUUCUAUGAUGCCUACCUGGACGUGCUUGACAAAGCCAAGCAAGACGCGAAGUACUGGGCGGCUACGGUUCACGGCAAAGAUUUGCGGCUGGUGAAAAUUUCGUGCGGUUUUUUCAGAGAGGAGAUUCCGAUGUUCGAGCGAUUCCGCUACCGGAUGUUGUGGUUGGUAGAGUGGAGUGUUUUUGAGAACUUUGUCAUCAUUCUCAUCAUUUGCAAUGCGCUGGUCAUGGCACAUCCCGUGGCAUAUGAUGAAUUAAGCCAACCCAGAGGCGUCCAAAACACUUAUUUCGUCUUCGAGACCCUGGUUUCUGCAGUGUUUACCAUCGAGUGCAUGUGCCGCAUCAUCGCGCAGGGCCUUUUCUUUGGCGAUGCGCCGAACCCUUGCUACUUGAAAGAGCCCUCGAACUGGAUUGACAUGAUUGUAGUCAUUUUUACCUUCGUGGAGCCUUUUGCUGCGGAAGUGAUUUCAGAGCAAGACCUGAGGACCAUGAGAGUUCUCCGCAUCUUCCGACCGAUCUAUUUGGCGAUGUCUACUGGAGGCAUUUUUUUUCUCUUCGCCCAGCUGGGAAGCUUUGAUGAACAACUCUUGCCAGUGGACCCUUCACAGCCACGGUUCUGUGGCGGCCGGUAUGAGUGCGUGCCUACGCCUUCGGGUGCCCCAACCUAUUGCCGGUCUCCCGUGAGCACAGACUCGGGCCCACUUCCUGGAUACGACCCAUGGCCCGAGCUCUUCGAGAAUCCACUGGCUGACUAUGGCUUCACUGGGUAUCAAACUCUGUGGAGUGGCCUCCUCACAACCUUUCAGGUGGUCAACAUUGACGGGUGGAGCAGCUUGAUGCACCGUUUUGAGGAUGCCAAAUGGCCCGGCCUAACCGUCCCCUUUUUCAUCUUGCUCAUGCUUUUCGGAGGCUUGAUACUGAUGAACCUGGUGCUGGCAAUACUGUGGCAUUCCUUCGACACGACGGUGCAAGAGGACAGAUCAGAAAUGGGCGACAAUAAGCUGAAGAUGGAGGCCAAAAGAAUGAAUCCCAAGCCCAUGAUCACCCCUGACAUCCAGCAGAUGCCGCUUCAUGCCCUUGUAGGGCCCACAGUGCUGGGUGCAUCCUUCCUUGAGCCCUUUCCCAGCUUUGAAAAGCAAGGUAAACGCAGUCCAGCAACUCGAGGCAUGCAGAAGCACACAUUCGCCCAAUUCGAGAGUUUGGAGAGCUGUGCGGAGCUGUGCGAGUCGUGCGAGGUGGAGCUGGCAGCUGCGCAAGCUUUCCAAGCGCUUGACACGGAGUUCAGGUCCAUGGGACUGAAGAACAUUUGCUACAGCAUGAUUACAAGUCCAUGGUUUGCCCGUGUGAUGAACUUCAUCAUUCUGUUCAAUGCGCUCUGCAUGUGCUUUGACAUCUAUCCUCCCUAUGAUGACACGGUGCUCCUGAUCUUGGACAACAUUAACUUUCUUUGCUCGGUCAUCUUCUUUUUCGAGGUCUGUAUCAAGAUCAUGGGAGUAGGCGUGUCAUUCUUCGAAGACAAUGGGAACAGGUUUGACUUCCUGCUGGUAAUGCUCUCCGUGGUGGAACUCUUUCUGAGUGGCGGCUCUGCGCUGUCCGCUCUGCGAACAGCAAGGCUGCUGCGAAUUUUCAGGAUGAUCCACAUGAGCAUGAACUUCCGAAUCCUGCUCAUGGUGUUCCAGAAGGCGGUGACACCUACGCUGUAUUUUUCCAUGAUCGUUAUUCUGUUUCUCUACUGCUCCUGCUUGGCUGGCCUACAGAUUUUCAACCAGGACGACGUUGCUAGCGGCAAGUUGGGACUGGGCUUCGAAUCACUGGCGAUGGGUUUCCUGACGUCGCUGGCGAUCUUUUCAGCAGACGGCUGGCUUGACAUUACCACCAACCAAAUUCAGGGCAAGGACAACCAGCUAUUUGGGUUCUUCUACUUUUUGCUCACCUUUGCGCUUGGCAAAGCAGUCUUGAAGAACCUCUUGCUGGGCAUCAUCGCUGCGGAGUUUACCGUUGCGCGAGAUGUCAUGAAGCAGGACUUUCGGCUUCGCAUGGCGAUCGCUCGAGCCAAACUCGAGAAGUUGCGCCUGACGGACACAUCUUCGGCAUCGGCUCCAGGCCGAGACAAAGGUGAAGCAGAGGACGAUGCAGAAGCCCUGCCGGAGUCUCCUCGUUGGCCCCAAGAAGCAUUUAGCCGGCUUGAGGGGACGACGGAGAAGACUUGUGCCAGGAACAUGGACCUGAUUAAGAUGAUCCAUGUGAAGGGCCAGGCUGCCAAGCGGCUCCAGGCAAUUGGCAAGAUCCAUGCUAUGGGCAAGAGCAAGUACAACUGGCUCUCGCCUGUGUGUGGGACUUGCGACGUGGAGUUUUACAGCGCGAAGCUCACCAUGGAGCUGCCCCUCCAGAACCGAAGGUUCACCGCGGGCUGUGAAGUGGGCGCUUUGUGCGCUCUGGAGAUGGUGGCAGACCCAGGAUUCAUAUGCGUCCACAUUGGCUCUGCCGAAGCUCCCAGCCCUGCCAGCAGCCCCAGCAAGGUCCGACCGGGAUCCUUCAACGAUAAGUCCAAGGCGCUUGAGGAGGUGCACAGUUUUCCUGAGCCUGCCGAGACACUUGCCUGCCUGCCAGUCUGGAGACUUCCGCCCGUCAGCCGCAAGGAAACUUUUCGAGAAAGCUACCGACGGGCUCGGGCGGCCAUGGCAGGUGCACGCGAGCCGAGCUGGUUUGACUCCUUUGAGGUAUCAUCCUUUGCUCAAGAUUCUGAAGCUCCACCGCGAACUGCGAUGCAGCGUCGCAAGAAUGCAGUGCACAAGAUGAUGCCUCCGCAGCGCAAGGAAGUGAAGCUUGAAGAGACUCCACAAGUCAUCGGGGAGGAAGUCCUCCUUUCACAGCUGGAGGACCUGCCAGAGGAGGAGCACAUCACCGAAGAAGAGUAUGGGCCUUUCAAGCCAAGGGAUGGUGCAGUCCCAGCUGGUGAGAAGCCAUCCAUCACAGAAGCUCGGCUAUGCCGUGCACGGAGCAUCAUGCGCUCGCCUGGCUUCGAGCCUGCCGGGCAGCCUGAGCUCACGGCGGCGAAUGCCGAAUGCCAGAGCGACUGUGUGGCCUAUCUGCAGAUGGUCAUCGACCGGUUUGCUGUGUCGGUGAUGCUCCUGGAGAUGUUUGUUCGAAUGAUGGUGAUGGGGCUAUGGAAGCACCCAAGCGAGUGCCAACCCGGAGAAUUGCCUGGCUACUUCCGCGUGCCCUGGCACGUUCUCGAUUUCGUGAUCUGCCUGGGGGGCUUAACUUACCUGAUGGCUGAAUUCUUCACCACGAACCUGGCAGAAUUGAAGUCAGUUCGCGCGUUGAAGAUGGUUUCCAUGCUUCGGCCCUUGCGAUUAAUUGGGAAGACGAGCUCCGUCCGAUUGAUCAUCGAGUCGUUGCUGGCCGCCAUUCCGACGCUCAUCAAUAUGACAAUGGUGAGUGCCCUUUUUUACCUUGGCUUCGCCCUGCUCUUCGUGGGAUUCUUCAAAGGUGCUUUGUAUCAUUGUUCGCUUGAUCCUCAAGGAGAUCUCAGGCCAGAUAUCGUAACACAAAAGGACUGCCUGAAAGCAGGGGGAGAGUGGAUCAACAGCGAGUCUCACUUCGACGCGGUGACUUACUCUCUGGUCACUUUGCUGCACAUCGGCUCAGGAGAGGGCUGGAUCGAUGUUACUCUCAACAUCAUCGGUGCACAAGGUGUGGGGAUGCAGCCACGGCCGAAGAGCAAGGUGGAGCAAGCAAUUCCGGUCGUGAUUUUCAUGGCUCUGACAAAUUUCUUCCUCCUGAACCUGCUGACCGGCAUCCUUGUCGACUCGUACACCAGUACGAAGGCUGAGUUCUCAGGGCAGAGCAACAACACUUCGGAGGAGAGGCUCAUCAAGAAACUGCAGCGGGAAGUCCUUCUGAACCCGGAGGUGUUGCUCCCUCCUCCUCGCAUUGGCGUCAAAGGCAAAUGCUGUCUUGCCACACGGCAGCGUCUUAAAUGGUUCAUCGAGCACCGCAUCUCACGCAGCAUCAUUUUUGUGGGCAUUCUGAGCAACGCCAUCGUGCUGGGAAUUUCACCUGUUAUCUUCCCCGAUCUUCUUGAGUUCCGCAGGAUUGUGAGUGGACUUCUGCUCGGACUUUUCACACUCGAGCUUGCCAUCAAGAUCUUCGUGUACAGCCGUGAUUUCUUCAAGGACAAGUGGCAUGCCUACGACAGCUUUGCCAUAACAGGGUCGUUGAUCGGAGCUUUGGUCAAUGCCCUCGUCGUGGAAAAGGGAGUCAUGACGCAAAUUCUUGGUGGCUUCCAAAUCCUGCGAAUUCUCAUGCUGGUUCGCUAUGCUUGGUUCAUGGACAGCAUCACGAGCACAAUAUGGGUGGCUUUGCCGGGUCUCUUCCAGGUCUCUGCGCUGCUGACGCUGCUGAUGUUCAUGUAUGCAUGUCUUGGUGUGUCGCUCUUCGGGACAAUCAUGAGCGUUGACGAGGCUGCGGAGUCUGCAAGCGAGGGAAGCUACCCGCUGACUGACACCAAUUUCUACAGCUUCAACAAUGCCUUCCUUCUGAUGAUCCGCUGUGCGACGGGGGAGAGGUGGCAUGAUAUCAUGUAUGACCUUGCCGAAGACAAGCCAAAUUGCACGACAGUCGCGCAGACAUAUGAGGACCUUCAACAGAACGGGCCCCGCGGAUGUGGUAGCAUGCUCGCGUAUCCCUACUUCAUCAGCUACGUCUUGAUUAUUCUUUUUAACAUGAUGAAUUUAAUCAUUGCGACGGUGCUGGAUGCGUACGGGCAAGUUCACGAGCUCAUUGAGCUGGAGGACUUCAUGGUUUGCUUAAACGCCCUGCGAGACGCAUGGGUGGAGAUAGAUCGGAACUUUCUGGGCUACCUUCACGUGGCAGAGGUCGAAAACAUCCUGUUGAGCAUCCCUCAACCUGUGGGCUUCAUCGGUCUCAAGAAGCGCCAGCUGCUUCGUUCUCUCAUGAACCUUCAGGUGCAUGAGGGAAGUAUGCUGGCCUACCGGGAUGUCAUCAAACUGGUGGCACAACGCUCGGUCCUCUUUCUGAGCGGGGAGCUAUUGAUCCAUCCCCAAGAGGCUGAACUUGAUGAAGAUGCUCUUCGUACGUGGAAUGCGGCCUUCCCGGAGCUGCCGCCUGAGCCACUCUCAGAUGCGAUCUUGAUCGCCCACAUCGUGAUUGCGAGGAGGACGGCCAUCUAUAUCCGCAAGAAGCGUUGGGAGUGGAAGCAGCGCAGCCGGUCGGGUCAGGGUGCCAUGCGGAGCCUCAAGAAGGCUGCAGCCAACCGAGGUCCAGCCGAUGCUGCCCGCUUGCGAUCGCCCCGGGCCUCGCCAAAGGGAUCACCACGGAGUGGCUCGCCUCGCAGCUCCCCGCGGAGCGGGUCUCCACGGAGCGGUUCUCCGCGGAGGCCAUGUACAACGUCGAUGUUGACAUUGACACGGCUCUUGCCGGUGUCUGGCAAUGCUGGAGAUGGCCUCCAGAAGAGCUGGAAAAGUAUCAGCCCGAAGAAGAGCCAGUCUUUACGAACGCAGAGAGCUCCAUGUGGGCCAAAGUGGCUGGGCUUGCGCAAGGAAAGGGCUCUGCACCUAUGUGGAAGGA